AUGUCGCCGCACAUAGGGGAUGGUCCUCCUUCGGUGCGCUCUUCACUCCUCUUCGACUCGCACUCACUCCGCCGCACUGCCCCACCUACGCCGCUCCUGUCCUCUUACCACAACCAGCCACGCACAUUCCGCCGUCUUCAACCGGAUCUAGAGGACGUACGACGCGAGCGUUCCAAGGUAGUAGCUGCCGUCGAGCACAGGGACGAUGAUCCGCGCCUAAUGCUGGGUACAAAGCAAAAUGCUAUCAAGUCUCCACCGACCGUCUGGAAGACACCGUGCUCAUCGACGACGAUUUCGCAGCGGUUCAGACGGGCAGUGAUUAAUGACGAUCUGUCUGCGGCGAGGCGGUUGGCUAGUUAUGCGCAGCAGCUUGCGACUACACGAGAGGAUCAUGGAAUUCAGCUGGAAAGUGGCGGAGAGGAGAGCAUCAGCUCGAAUAGAGCACGAAGACAUCAACGCGCGAAUAUGGGUCAGGUCUUUAGCAUCCGCAACGUUACUUCAGCGCCUCCCACUCCCUCCUUCUCGUCCUCCACAAACCGACGCACUGCCACUCCGUCCUAUCCUCGUGGCAGCGUAGAGGCAGAAGCGUAUCUUUCGCACCUUACCUCGCUCGAGCUGGCAAUCAUGUACAACUGCAGCCUCGCGAUGAUGGAGUGGCUGCUGGAUAUGGGACACGAGGAGGAGAAUCUCGAGUAUGGCUGGACGCGAGAUGAAGAGCAGGGAAGGACAGUUCUCCAUCUGGCGGCAAUUGCCAAUCGGGCGGAUGUGGUUGCCUUGUAUUGUUCGUACGUCAAUCGUGUUGCGGGACACGGCGCGAGUAGGGAGCUGGUCGACCUGCCUGCUGUUGGUCCCCCAAUCCCGUCUACCUCACCACAAGGCUCAACAACACCAGGUCUCUCCCCACUCGGCCGUACUGCGCUUCAUGAAGCCGCCAUGCGCGGCUACGAUGCCGUCGCUCUUGUCCUCCUUUCCCGCGGAGGGGACCCUCGUCGAUUAGAUGGAUACGGCAAUACGGCCCUACACUACGCCUCUGCUUUUGGCCAUCUGACCACGCUCCAGAUACUCAUGGACGCAGCAGCAAACGACGACCGGCACGAUAACUCUGACGCACUCUCCACCUCUUCUUCGUCGGACAAUCUCUCCUCGUCCCUGCCCGAGGAUGCAACUACAGCGCUCAACGCCGCCUUGUUCGGCAGCAAGAACGACGGAGAUUUCUCAGCGGCAGAUUAUUCGUACACACUCUCCGACCGAGCUGCUCUGGAAGCUUUGGGCCGUAAAUGGUUUGCGGAGAGUCGAGAAAGAGAGAAGCGCAAGAAGUGGGAGAGGACGAUGCAAAAUGCGGAGAGCGCUGCUGCGGCUAAUUCAUUCUCCAGUGGGCUCACCGGAGGUGGAACGCCAAGACCAAGCUCUGCGGCAAAGGGGACCAAGGGAGGAGAGGGGGAGAAGGGUAAGAACGAGACGUCCGCGCCCAGCAAGACGCAAAGGCGUGGCUCUACGCUUGAUAGGCUCAAGAGCGGGGCAAAGGAGGUAGUAAGCGGGGCAGCCGCCAGUAUUGCAGCGCAUUCCCCCCGUCCACGCUCCCCACGGCCAAGAUCACCCAAGACGGGAGGUGGCUCGCCAAGGGGAACCUCUUACUCUCCUCCCUCUAGCCCUUCGAGGCGCGGUGGAAGUAGCAGCGGUGCGGAUGCAACGCCGAUGAGUGUUGCACCUCAUCCGCGCUUAGCGGCUGUGGCAGGUCCAUUAACAUUGCCCGGAGGCGAGUGA